AGUUGCAGCAAUGCUCGCGGCGGUGUAAUAACUGAGUUAUUAUGUAGUUGCCAUGGUGAAAGCACUUGAAUGUGCCAGGUUUGCGGUGAUGAAACACAGACGCCUGUCAAGUGCUUGACUUUGUGCUUCUACUUGGGGCUCAAGAGUAUCGAUUCAAAUCUAAAAAGCUUUCCUACAUUAGUAUAAAUCGCCAUUAGCAUUUCGACUUCGUUGCAGAUCGUUGUUUUAGCGUAACUAAUUUACGACAUUGUACUGAUUACUGUAGAUUCAUAGAAAAUACAAUGAAGCUUAAAAAGUUCAAGUAUAAAAAAUCACGUGAUAUGAGCAAGCAGACGACAAAACAAAGUGCUGAAGCGCCAUCUAUCGAGGAUCAAGCUUUGAUGACUCGGUUGGGAUUGCUAUUGGGAGACCACAGAGUGAGUACAGUGAAAACACAAACACAUAUUCACCCAAUACUGAGCCAUCACAACCACAGCAACACUAUUUCAUACGCAAGUUACGAAAGAAGAAAGAGAGCAGCGAACUACACAACGAGCCCGGCCUCAACAUUAUCAGAUAAGGGAAUUGGCAGCAGUGUUGGCUCAUUCGACUCUGAAUUUCGCAGUAAUCUCUCAACGCUUGCAGAAUCCGGCAUUUCUGCAAACCGGACUGGAUCAUUAGAUUCCCGCACAACAGAUAUUGUAUCGCAUUCUAGAAGUGACAGUGGAAUUCCGAGUCAUUCAAGAAGUUCGUCAGAGAUUUUAUACACAGACAAUACCGCCGACGUUUCAAAACCGAGACUUGCAGAACAAUACGAAGAGAAACUUUGGAACGUUGAUCCACGACGUAACAACGGGAAUAAUCAACAGUUUCAAACAUCAACUGGUUUCAGACCACGCAUCCCAUCAGCAGGAAGAAUCCGUAGGAACGGGGAAAAGUCAACUGAUCCUUCAAGGGAGAGAGUAAACUCGGCAUCUGAUGUUAUGAAGUUACCGCAGCUCUGCCUAGACUCUCCACCGAAUUCAAAAGAACCAUCAAUUCACUCAAGUCUAUCGUCGUCCAGAUCUAUUACACCAGCUGCAUCAGUGUGCGAAAUUGCAAAUUAUAAGCUGAUGAAGCGUUCACUUUCUUCCCAAUCAAAUGGGACUGCUAUCUUUGAUUCGGAACCACUCCCACCACCUCCACCGCCACCUCCUUCAGGAGAAUAUUACGAAGACAAUUACAGAAACGAUCUUCCGCCACCUCCACCUCCCCCACCGAUUCAGGAUGACAUCGCUAGUAAUCACUCACGAGCAUCAUCAAGUGACAGAACACUAUUAAACGACAUUCACUGCCAACAAUAUAGAGAAGAAAACAAUAACUUUUUGCAUCAUUCUCGCGUCACAGGAAAGCCUCCGAUCAACAGUAGACCUGGGAUUGGACACCCGCAACAAAUGACGCCACAAACAUUGAUGAUACGAUCAAGCGCUCAACAAUAUGCACCUGGUUAUGACCCAAGAACCCCAAACAUGAUACAAAGGUUGCGAGCAUCUUCAGGCAUGGUUAGGUCUACGCCGAGCCCACACGACGAUCCAAGAUUGCCAAUGCAGAACUGGCCGCGUCAUCCAGAUGAGGUCAUGAUACACAAUCAGUUAGUAUCAAGUAUGUCAGCCAUGGAGUUAGACAGAAGCAGCAUAUCUCACAGCAGACAAAGUUCAAGUAAUUCAUCUUACGCUGGGCCACAACUUUGGGACGAAGCACGUCCACAUUCUUUGUCAGCUCCGGCAACAAAUCCGAUUGUGCAAAGUUUGCUUCAUCGACCUAGUGCAAGUUUCGACAACAGCGGCUUUCAUCGUCGUGUUGACAGUAGAUCGUCAACUCGUUCCAACGAAAGAAGACAACCAUUGAGUAACGCUUCAUCUACGAGUGAUAUGAGAUCUAUAAGAAUGGGUCCAGCUUACAGGCAAUCAAAUACCGGUUUGCAGUCAUUGCAAUUUGAUUUACCAUCGGUUGUAACUUCGGAACAAAAAUUUGUCGGCCGUGAAUGGCUCUUUGGAGAAAUCACGAACCUUUUGAAUACCGCAAACUCCAAAAUCAACAAGGGCGUGAUUAUUUAUGGAAGUGAAGGUACAGGAAAAACAGCAAUCAUACACCAUUUGGAGACAUUAAGUUACCAUGGCAAUAAAAAAUCGGGAUAUGCCGGAAGUAACACGACUCUAAGUAAACCGGAGCACGAAUCACUUCAUAGAGUUGGAAGUAUGAACGCAUCGUCGCGGUCUGGGAGUCCCCGCUUACAUCGUCACGCUAUCAAUCAUUCUAACAACUCCAGUAGGACGGCCAGUCCCGCUCUUGGUAAUUCUGGCAACGGAAAUAUUAAUAAUAAACCCGGAAGUCGGAGCGGAAGUCAAACUUCAUUAAGUGGGGAAGAAGCCCAAAAAAGACUUUCCUCUCAAGUUGUUGCAUUUCAUUACUGUCAAGCUGAUAACAAUACAACAUGCUACGUUCCAGAAUUUUUGCACUCAGUAGCUGCACAAUUGGUUCAUGCCCCUCAACUUACAGCAUAUAGGGAGUUAUUGCUUGAAGAACCGAAUUUGCAGAAUCUUCUGAGCUUGAGAAAUUGCAUACAAAAUCCUGGCCAUGCCUUGGUUAAGGCUGUAUUAGAGCCAUUGGCGGCCCUGAGGCAAGCACGUAAAUUGCCUCGCAUCAAUCUUAUAAUAUUAUUGGACGGACUUGGCGAAGCUGAACAACACAGACCAGACCAUGGCUACUCCAUCUUUACAUUUCUUCAUCGGUACUUGCCAGAUUUUCCAGACUUUUUGAAACUAGUUGUAACUUGUCGCACACAGGAUAAGGCUGUAAUGGAAAAAGUUCCCUUGUUUGAGUUGUCGAUUGACUUGGAAUCUAACAAAACCGAUGUAACUCGUGAUCUCCAAUCAUAUAUAUGUCAUCGAAUGGCCCAGUCGAAAUACUUGAGCAAUUUGACUCUCAUGGGAAAACCAGACGCUGCCACAACACAAAAGUUGCUUACGACACACUUGUUGUCGAAAUGCGAUGGUAAUAUGCUAUACCUUCGACUGACCCUUGACCUCAUUGAAAGCGGAAAGUUGGUGCCAAAGAGUUCCGGGUUCAAGGUUAUUCCGGUUAACGUCAGCGAAGUGUUUCUGCUAAUGUGCAAUCUAAAGUUUACUAACGCUUCAUCGUUUGUAAGAGUGAGAGACAUUAUGGCAAUUGCAAUAGCUUCGCUUUAUCCUUUAAAAGAUGAACAAAUUUAUCAGACUUUGGCUGCUGGUUAUGUAGCAAAUGAACUUUCCCCUGAAGAUUUCCGGCAUUUGAUUGAGUCAGUAUCCACUUUCCUUCCACUACGUUAUUACGACAAUAGAAGAUCGUUCAUUCACUCAUGCUUCCGGGAAUGGUUGAUCCAACACGGAAACGCGGAAGACAACCAAAUGGCAACUUACUCUUCGUCGAAAAAGUUCUCUGUUGAUCCCAAACGUGGACACUCUCUAUUGGCCACACUGUUGUCAAGGCAACCGCCUGCAAGGUUGAAUGAACACGCUACUUUGGAACUUGCUCAUCAUUUACUAAAAGCAAGAAUGUUUAGAGGACAGUCAAAAACUACCGGCAUGAACUCAAACGAUCUACAUGCAAUAUGGAUGGCGCAGUGCAGCGGCCAUCUAAAUGAAAGCCUGGCAACAGUGAGAAAUUUGUUUUUCCCGAAUAUAAAGGUUUCAAAGUUGUUGCUCACCAGCGGGGCGAAUCCGAAUACAAAAUCGCAAGUUCUCUGUGAUGCACCUGUCAUAUGCGCUGCUGCUCAUAUAGGAAGUAUCGAGUUUGUUGAAUUGCUUCUGAUGCACGGCGCCAAUAUUAAUAUGGCGGCAACAAACGGUAUGACAUGCCUGGCAUACGCAGCAGCAGCUGGACAUCAGAUCGUUGUGGAAAUACUACUAAGACGGAAACCAAGAUUGGAUCUUGUGGAUAAAAACGGACAUAGUCCUCUUUUACAUUCCAUAUCUCGUGAUCAUAUCAAAGUUGCCGUUACUCUUCUUACUUGUGAUUUGUACGUUUCACCGGAGCAAAGAAAAUUUUCUGCUCUUCAAGCUCUUAUCGCGGCCGCGACAACUGGAAAUAGACGGCUCUUGGAAUAUCUUCUUGACCACCCUGACCCUGCUCUGCACUGCGAUCCCGACAGCGUCGACCCCAACAGGGGCGAAUCAUCACUGACUGCCGCCGCUUCCAGGGGUAAAGUGGCAAUAUGCGAGUACCUGAUUCGCGAACGACAUGCCAGUAUUGAACUUCGCAACAAAGAUGGAAUGACACCACUUAUGUGUGCUGUCAAACAAAAUCAAUGGGAGACAACGGAAUUAAUUUUGAGUAUGGGAGCAGCUUUGGAAGGUGCCGAUUACGCGGGUCGAACACCUCUUGUCAUAGCUGCGUCUGGUGGCAAUGUCGGUAUCGCCGAGCUACUACUGUCCAGAGGUGCGAAUGUUCAUUCAGUUGACAAAGAAGGACUUACCGCUUUGGGAUGGGCAGCUUCGAAAGGUCAACUUCACUGUGUCAGAUCUCUAAUAGAACGAGGGUCAGACGUUCGCCAUCCCGACCGUCACGGGCGCACGCCGUUGGACUUGGCGGCGUUUUCAGGAAAUGAGCAAGUAGUGGAUCUACUUCUUAACUCUGGAGCAGAUUUUGGACAAAGCAACGACAAUCAUAACGGCACAUCCGCUCUUGACCGAGCAGUUCACAGCAAGAACGUACCAGUGGCAACACUUCUUCUUAAACGUGGCGCCGUCAUCAGUGGCACAACUUGGAAAAUUGCAGGAGAUAACCCAGAAAUGUUAGCCGCGCUUCUAGAAAAAAACAUAGAAGAUGCAAAUUUUUUGUACAAAGCUGAAAAAUUCUCUGAAGCGAGAGACGUCUAUUUCUCUGCACUUACCUACAUGGGUGAGCCCAUAACAUCCGGAAAGAAUGUGUAUGAAAGCAGUACAAGCCCCACACAUGGCACUUUGGGAGAGUUUGUCUCUGUUCUGCUAUUGGGGCUCGCGCGAUGCGGUAGAAAACUAAUGGAUCUUGAAAUAGCUGAAAUAGCGGCGACAAGGGCGUUGCAGCUGAAACCCCAAUGGUACGAAGCACUUUACGUGCGUGCUCGCGUUCGCAGGGAGACCUCGCGCUUGAGUGCAGCUCUGCGUGAUGUUGAAGAAGCUGAGGCAAACGCUCCACCCCACAACAAAAAGGAAAUCGCAAAGCUAUUGGAAAGAAUAAGGGAAGAAAUUAAUAAAUGUGGUAACAGAAAUUCAAUCAGCGAAUCAGUAGAAAAUACUUUGAAGAUUCCUGGCGAACGUCAUAAUGGAAAUUCCGGACCGAUGCGCCGCCCCCGAGUAAAUUCAGCAUCAAAUUUCAGCAAUUCAAAUAAUAAUAACAGCAGAACAAGUCGUUCUCCUUCUCCAUCGUUGGUCCAACACGAGUUUCAGGGCUCCCAUUCGUACCAGCCGCAGUCUAAUCUGAACCAGUAUCAUUAUCAACAAGACGUUCGAUAUCCUGAACACUUGCCUCAUCUCAGUCGGGAGACAAACCAAUCGCACGACAACAUUGGCGAUACUAGAAUGAAUUUGGUAUAUCAAGAUGGUAGUCGUGGCCAAUAUCAAGCACAAAUCCCGUAUCAACAUCGUGUGCCACCCAGUGCAUCAGCGAUACAUUAUGAUUCUGUGGAAUUCGCACCCUCUGCUGGGACUCCCACGCUACAACAACAUCCUUAUUAUAACGCUUCUCUAAAGCCUACAACGUCAAACCAAAAUUUUGCUCAUAAUACUAAUGUGCCAAUGUCAAUGCCUGGCCCUCUAUCCCAACGGGGAACGCCUUCUUGUAGGCGAACUAUUGCGACGGAAUUAUAACCUUCAAUAUCGUAAGGCAACUAGAAGAUUGGAAUAAAUCCCAUUUAAUAUUAACGUCAUUGCCAGUUUCCUACCACUUUGAUUGAUUUUUUGAUGAAAUAGAUUUUACUAUUAUAUUUGCUUUUGUUUCAAUCUCUUUUUCCUGCCUUUCGUUGUUCCUUCUUAUUUUUUUUUUCGUUAUGUACUGUGCGAUAUAAUGUUUAAUUUGCAUUGAACACUAUUGUUCUAUUAUUAUUUAAACCAGCCGUAAUCUGUAAUACUUGCUUUUUUGGAUUUGAAAGUUCAAAGAUUUACAAUGGUUUUAGUGAUCUGUAUUAACAUACGCUCGCUGUCUACCGGUACUUAUUUAAAAAUAUUAUUAAGCAAUAAAAUGAUGAAAUUACAAAGCACUCUA